AUGGCACCUUUUUCUUUUAUAAAAACAUCUACAUUAAUCUUUGCAUACCUAUUCUUAUGGUAUCAAACCAAUUAUCAACACCAGGUGAGUGCAUUAAGCACAUUAAACGAUGAUGAUAUAUCGGAUGGAAGCGGUUUAUAUUCAUCAGAGGAAGAUGUAAAUAAUGGAAAUGGUCAUUUAAAGACAUUACAAGGAAAUGGAACAAAUGUUCGAACAACAUCACAUCAAGAGGUGAAGAAGAAGGGGGGCGAUGUUUAUCGCCCCCCUUCUUCUUCUUCUCUUUUUGCAGCUGAUGAUGAUGAUGAUGGAGAUGAUGACCUUGAGGAUGAUUUAGUCCUUGGUCAUAUUCCUCCUACGGAUGACCUGUUAGAAAAAAAGGACUCGCAUGACAAUGAAAUGGACUUAUUCGAUCCAACAAAGGAAAACGCACCUCCCCAUAAAGGAGAAAAUCACCACUCUAAGAAGAGAAAAUUUUUUGGUAGUUUUUUCAAAAAAUCACCCGGAAAAAGGGAUUUAACACAGUCCGACUCCAAAAAGGAUUUAACACAGUCCGACUCCAAAAAGGAUUUAACACAGUCCGACUCCAAAAAGGAUUUAACCCAGUCCGACUCCAAAAAGGAUUUAACCCAGUCCGACUCCAAAAAGGAUUUAACACAGUCCGACUCCAAAAAGGAUUUAACACUGUCCGACUCCAAAAAGGAUUUAACCCAGUCCGACUCGAAAAAGGAUUUAACCCAGUCCGACUCGAAAAAGGAUUUAACCCAGUCCGACUCGAAAAAGGAUUUAACCCAGUCCGACUCGAAAAAGGAUUUAACCCAGUCCGACUCCAAAAAGGAUUUAACACUGUCCGACUCCAAAAAGGAUUUAACCCAGUCCGACUCCAAAAAGGAUUUAACACAGUCCGACUCCAAAAAGGAUUUAACACUGUCCGACUCCAAAAAGGAUUUAACCCAGUCCGACUCCAAAAAGGAUUUAACCCAGUCCGACCCCAAAAAGGAUUUAACACAGUCCGACUCCAAAAAGGAUUUAACACUGUCCGACUCCAAAAAGGAUUUAACCCAGUCCGACUCGAAAAAGGAUUUAACCCAGUCCGACCCCAAAAUGGAUUUAACACAGUCCGACUCCAAAAAGGAUUUAACCCAGUCCGACUCGAAAAAGGAUUUAACCCAGUCCGACCCCAAAAAGGAUUUAACACUGUCCAACCCCAAAGGGGAUUUAACACAAUCACCUCUUAAGGGUGACGAACAAAAGUUAAAGAAAAAUGAAAAAAAAUCAAAGAACGAAAAGAAUAAAGCUCCAUGCACAAAGAAAAAGUGUUGGCGAGAUAGGUUCAUUUGUAGAUUAUGUUGUGGUAAAAUGAAAGCGCAUGAGUGGAUACUACUCAUAUUAGUUGUGCUUGUUCUAUUUAUGUGGAUUCCAAAUUUCGUAAGCUCCCUUUUUUACAUUAUUCCAAGGGGAAUGCAAAGCAAUAGUCCGUACUAUUACAUAAGCUUCGCGGUCUGUGUAAUUGUUGGAGUAGUCCUCCUUAUUGUAUUAUGGAAGUUCUGGAAGUCGGAGGGGGGAAGAAAUUUGUCUAAUAAAUUAUUAAAAUGCCAACCUCCUCCACAAGAACAGGACAAUUUGCCUAUAGGCAAAUCUGAAACGAAAUAA